CUAAAUUAUUUGAGUUACUGAUGAAGAUAGUUGUUGAUGAGUCACCAGCUGCUGCCUCCAAACUCUCUGCUGUUGCUUCUUCUUGUCUCGUAAGUUUAGUGGUUGCUCUUGGACAGACUAGCAAGAUCCUGUCAGCCAUUGCUGCUCUACUGAUAGGACCUAAUGAUUAUAAUGGACACUAUUUAAAAGUACCAGACAUAUUAAGGUCAUUACAAGUAUCAGUAAAAGCGGUUCUUAUAGGUUCCCCUUACGAUACUGACUGGUUUGAUCAAGGGAUACAAACUAAGAGUCUUGUUGAUAAAUGGCCACUACCAGGACUGGACCAUAAGCCACCCUCUUCAUCUCUUGUUGGUUCUAUUGCUACCGACUCCAAGUAUUUAUAUGUUCACGGUAGCUUUGGGCUGAUGAAGAUUGGAUCUGGUUACGGUAAUACUAUAAAGGGUCGUCUUUCUGAGUCCGUGAGUGAGUUUCAUAACGAUGAAGCCGGAAGACUGCUCUUUGCAUCUGGUAAAUUAUAUUUUGCUCCAAUUGGUAAGAGUCUUGUGAUAAUGAUUGACCCUGACACACUCAAGGUACAAGAAACAAUGGAACUAGAUGUUGAUGCUGUUGGCCCUCAUUGUUUAUUUACUGAUGGAACUGACCUUAAACAGAUAGCAGCUAAGAAAGAAGGUGGUUUCUCUCUCCGUAAAUUGACCACUAUAUGUUCACCGAUACCAAUAGUUGAGGAGAGACCAUUACAGCUAUCACAGAAGAGCAUCAUUGUACUGGGCAGAGCAAAAUAUGACAAUCAAGGGAGCUUACAUACACUGUAUCAAAACAAUCUACAAGAAGUGAGCAAACUCUCAGCUGCUAGGAACACAAUAAUGAUAUCAACAACAACUGGGAAAUUGUAUUAUCAAGGCUCUGGUGUUGUAGUAGGUGUGACUGGUAAAGACACUCCCAAGGGCCAAUGGACUGAAGUUGAAUUGCCUGAUGCUAAGAUGAAGAUAGAGAGUAUUGCUGUGGAUAAUACUGGGAGCUUCUGUGUCCUGGUCACUGAUAAAGGAGUGGUCUACUUUGGAGGAGUGAACAGGAAGGGAGAGGCAGGGGAGAAUGCUCCAGUUGGUCGCCAGCAGCCUAAACCAGUUAAAUUAAAGAAGUUCAGUAAACUAAAGGACCAGGAGAUAACUAGCUGUGCCUGUGGCCCACACACAACAGCAUUCAUUGGUAAGGACGGGAAACUCUUCAUGUUUGGAGCUUUGGAAGAUGACCUUGUGGACAAAACUACCGGUGUUGUUACUAGUAUGUUAGGAGUCCCUGCCAGUCAGAUUGCUCUUGGUAGAUCACACACUAUCAUACUUACCCAGCUAGGGACCAUCUAUUCAUUUGGCAGUAACCAGUACGGCCAGUGUGGGAGGAACUACAUACCACCCAGUGAAGAUCAAGGUAUUGAAGAAGGUGAUGAAGAACUUGAUGUUAUUAGUGAAGAUGAUGAUGAACACAUCUGUCCUAAAGGAGAACACACCUGGACCAACGAGAGAUGCCUCAUAUGCCAGUUCUGCAAAUACUGCACUGGCUAUGGGCCCUCGUGUUGCAAUGAAGGAAUGCCUGAUAGGGAUCCUGGAAA